CAAUAUACUCACCCCUUCAUAUCCGUGUUUUUAAAAGUACUGUAAUGGACGUCGAGUCAUGUUCUGCAAGCUGGGGGCCAGAAUCUGGUAUCUAUGGUUAGUUUGGAUUUCUAUCGUCGAUGGUCACUGGGGAGUGUGUUGUGCUAAGUGGUCAAAUUGGACAAGUUGGAGCGCAUGCUGUAUUAACAAGCAGUCUCGUUAUCGAACAUGUCUCAGGUCCAAUUUUGACGGCACAGGAACACAAUGUGCAGGGAAUGAUCGAAUUUUCCGGCAUUGCUGGGGAUGCCCAAAUGAAACGCUUAGUGUAAAGCUCACACCUUGGACUAUGUGCUCAACGACGUGUGGAGAGGGACUUAGGAGCAGGACUGUGUAUUGCGACUUAACAAACGAACAAGUUAAUCAUUACAAAUGUCGAGGAGAAACAGCGUAUGUUGUAGGCUGCAAGAUGAAACAAUGUACAGUGGACGGAAAUUGGUCCAUUUGGUCUCCCUGGGAAGUUUGUACGGCUGCGUGUGGUAAGAUGGGGUUAACUAACCGAAGCCGUGCCUGUGUGGAUCCAGUUCCCCAAAACGGCGGCAAAAUGUGUUCUGGGAGCCAUUUUGAGAGUAAACUAUGCAUCUCGACCUCAUGUCCAGAUACCACCCCUAUGAAUCGUCUAGUCACAGAGAUUCCCGUGGCAUAUGACGAGCAUCGCGGAGGAGCAGACGACUCACAGAGCAGCCCAAUUGAAAGCUUUUUAACCAAACAUUCUUUGCUUAUGGCAUCCAUUAUUGGCUCCGUAGGAUUCAUCAUAUCUGUUUGUAUUGUCACAGCGUUCGUAUUUAGGUAUCUAGAGAAAAAACGAUUACGUACAACUCCAUACAGAAUGAAGAAAGUAAGGUUUGAAGGAGAUAUACGGACUGUUGUUUUGUAUCCUAACAGCAAAAACCCAAUGGAAUCAACCUAGCCAAUUCCGUAUUAUUAUGGAAAAGUCGUGCUCGGACAAUUAAAUCCAAAGCAAUAGGAGUUGUUCAUUGUUUAGUUAUAGACACUUUUUUCAUUGCGCUUACAUGUAUCACAUGGUUACAUAGUCAUAUCUUUUAGAUCAUUUCAUUAUAUUGUAAUGUUUUACAUGUAAGCGAAUCAUAAUAAAGAACUAUUUAUAAGAUCCAAUUAA